UCCAUUAUCUUAACAUACAUACUACCAUAUAUAUUUUGUAAGGCGUCUGCACAAUAAAAUAAAUUAUCGUUCGGCAUGAAUGUGGAGUAUUUCACGGAGGGCCUGGACUGCCUAAUGUACUGCGGCAUGAAGUUGUCGCCGGAACAGCGUAUACUGGUUGAGAACUCGCUCAUUACGCUACAGAAUGAGAAUCGGUUCACGGGCAUCUAUCUCUGGGGUCGUAUCACAGCUACCAAGAAUGAUUAUUACAUUGCAUUUGGCUAUACAAACGAUGUCCUAAAGGAUCGCAAGUAUUUCUAUAGUGUGGAUCAGUUUCAAUGGCAGCUGCUGCCAUUUGUCCAGAGUUCGAAAAUUUUUCAGGCCACCAUAUUGGCGCGUGAGUCUUUUGUUGGGGAUCCAAGUCUUAUAUCGUAUGUCAAGCUGGAUCCAACGUUUAAUGUAGUGGCCAAUCAAGUGAUUGGCGUCAGCCGUCCAGAAGUGGUUAAGCUCAAGGAGGAGGAGCGUCUGGCUGCUAUUGUUUUUAUCAUUACGGAGGAGUGUGCUAUUUGUCCGCGCGGGGCCCUCUACAAACUGGUGGAUGGACGCGUCAUACCCAAUCAAAUGUUUCGCGGCCUCAAUGAUUUGCAAAUCGACAACUUGUCCUACUAUCAGAUCUUUCGCUUACCACGCAACGACCUAAAGGCGAAUCUUGCGAAGCGCAGCGACUAUAACUAUGCCAUUGACUUUUUGGACACCAUUGAUGGAGUUAUACCGUUGGGUCAGGCUUUUGCCUUGAACUUGCAGCGCAACGAGCGGCUGGUUAUAAUCAAGUCAUGUCUGUGGCUGGGCAUGACCUUCUUCCACAAGCUCAACUCGCAUAAGCAUGGAUUCUUGUACUUGGGUGAUGGCAAGAAAAACUACGAUUUGCUUUUUAUGUAUUGAGACUUUUGUGAAUGUAUUUAUUAUUUGAAGCUUAAAGGCAAUCAAAGACUUA